AUGUCUCAUUCUUCUCGUACAUGUGAAUUAAUUUUCGACCCUGAAGUAGAGAAGACUGUGCGUAGAACAAAGAAAGAGACCAGACAACUCAGAGAAAAGCACUCUAGUGCUGCGUCUCAGAGACCUGAGCCAGAAGUUGAACCAACAGAUUCACUUAGUGAUAUUUCGAAAGAACAGAUAAAAAUGAAGGCAUUCCUCUUCUCCUUGAAGGACUUUGCAAAAGACUGGCUGUACUACCUACCACCAGGUAGCAUCGCCGCGUGGGACCAGCUGAAGAAAAAAGACAGGAGUAUAAUUGAUGCUGCAAGUGGAGAGGUAUUAGUGAACAAGACUCCUCGAGAAGUAUGGGAACUAAUUGAAGGAAUGGUUGAGAAUUCGCAGCAGUUUGGUACGAGGGAAGAUGUCUUGACACACAAGAUGAAUGAGGUAGAGACAUUUUUUAUCCAACAGCAAUUGACGAAGCUAACAUCUUUUGUUAGGCAAUUGGUUGUAAGAACUGCAUCACAAGCCAAAGUGUGUGAAAUUUGCACUGCAAUGGGUCAUUCUACAGAGAUGUGCCCAAUGAUUCAAGAAGAAAGUAUGGAGCAAGUGAACAUGGCUGGUCAUGUGCCCGCGCCAAGAAAGCCCUAUGACCCGUACUCAAAUACGUAUAAUUUGGGUUGGAGAGAUCACCCUAACUUCAGUUAUGGAGGAAAUAAGCAGCCUAAUUUUGCACCAAAUAGACAUCAAGGGCAUCAACAGCAGUAUUAG